CCUCAAAGUCCCACCAAACUGUUCAGGAUCUGAUCAUUUGUACCGGCAAGGCAAGCCUCAUUAUCAAACACAACUCACAGCCAACACCCAAAGAGUGGAACCAUCAUCCUCAAGCGGGGAGAAUUUAUCACGUAUCCGACAUCCAUCAUCUGCUCUGGAAAAGAAGAUGCAAACACGAGGCGGCAAUCCGAGAGGUCACCGGCAACCUCGUCGCGGCGGCAGCGAUCGCGGUCGCGGUCGCGGUCGAGGUCGAGGACGAGGAGCCCCGUCAUCCCACCCCCAGCAUCGAGAACAACGAUCUCAUUAUCCUUCCUCCUCUUCUUCCUCUUCCGUCCCAUCACACGCCUCCCUCAUUCCAGACACAACCGCCGUCUCCAUCGUCCUCAAGCAAGACCAACCAACGGGCAGGCAAGUCCAGGGUAUCGUCGCAGACCUCCUGACCCGUGGCGACCACCCCCGCGGCGUCAAAGUCCGACUCAGAGAUGGCCGCGUGGGAAGGGUGCAGCGGAUUGUCGAGGAAGCAGAAGGGUUGAGGGGUGAGGAGGCCGUCGGUGGGAUUGGUGCGGGGUUAGGGAGGAAUGGAGAGGGAGGUGGUAGCAGGGGGGGAGGCAAGUUUCAUCAUGUUACUGAUGUCAGGGAGGAUGGUUAUCUGUAUGAUGAGGAUAGAGCGAUGGCAACGGGUGGGGAUGCUGGAUGGUUCAAGGCUCUUGAAGAGGCGGAUGCGAGGUAUGAGGAGCAGAGCGGGAGGGGGGUGUCAAGAGGCGAUGUUGGUUAUAGUGGUGGUGGGAUAAGUGAAGAGGUGGUUACUUGUCCGGUGUGUGGGGUGUUUGAAGGCGAUGAAAGGGCUGUUGCGCAUCAUGUUGAAGGUCAUUUUGAGGGCUGA